GAGUAGUUUUUAUUUUAUUUUGUAUGAAUUUGUGUGAAAAAAUUGAUAAAUUUGAUAAUCUUAAACAUUUUUGUAAAUUAUGAUCGGUCCACCAAAAAAUACCCCCGCUCCUUUGGAUCGAACUAAUCCAUUAUCCGGCAAAUACGACGAUUUUUACUCAAAUGCGAAAGUCUACGAUCAAAAAUUCGGUCUAGUAUUAACAUCGGAUAAUCUACGAAAUCCGGCUAAAAUGUCCUUAUCUUACGGUCCUGAUAAUUUCUAUCCAUGGAGACCUUUUGCAGCACCGGACCGAACUCAGAAACGAGAUAAAGAGAAACAACAAUGGCUAGCGAAUCAGUUCGCGAUUCACAUCGAUGUGCAACAUUUCAAGCCAAGUGAGAUUCGAAUCAAAGUGACGGGAAGAGUAUGCAGUGUUAAAGCUAGACACAAAGAUAGAGAAGAUGAUCAUGGAUACGUUGCUCGAAAAUUUGAAAGAGAAUUUAUUCUGCCUAAGGAUAUUGAUGUGGAUUCGGUUAAGUCGAUUAUUUCCUCCGAUGGUGUUUUAACAUUCAAAGCAGCUCGUCGUACAUCAGAAACAGCAAAUGCAACAACACCGACCCCAGAAAACAACGAGACCCCUGCACCAGUCGAAAGUUACCCUGAAAUCGAAUCAGCAAGUGAAAAUGCUUCAAAAGAAGAUAACAAUGAGCAGAAAACAAUCGUAGUUUCGGGCCAGCAACAAGAAUCACUGGAAGAGGAGGGUAUAGAAAUUCCUAUUCAGUUCGUAAAAGAAAGCGAAUCGAGUGACGAAAAAACGAAGGAAUAAUUUUGAGUCAUUUUUUACCUAAAAAUUUCAAGUGAAGGAGCUCAAAAAUUUUAGCAUUUUUAUUAAUAGGUAAAUUUAGAGUGAAAAUUAAUUUAUCAUGUAGAUUAAUUUUAAUCAAAUCAAUUGUUUUUAAUGUAUUAUUUCUGUACCCAGUUUUAUUCUGGUAAAGCAUCAUUUUUUUUUUUUUUUUUGUUUUUAAUCUAAAAAUUAUAUCAAGUACUUACCAUAUUUCGAACACACAAUUAAAACGACGAAAAACAAACACGUCUUCAUUUUCAUUAUUUCACUACCUACUCAUUUAUUUACGUACAAUAAAAAUAAAACGUACACUAACGCGGUAGAUGAAAAAA